AUGAAUGAAAGACGUUCAAGUAUUCAUUCAGAUACUAAAGAUGACGAUGAUGAUGAUGAUCAAUUAUUAGGACUAACAACAGAAUCUGAGCGACAACAUGAACGUAUGAUAUUAAAUACUAUAGAUGAGCCAACAAUUGGAAUUAAUGCAACGCAUACAAAAGAAUUAUCAGAUACAGAACCAUUAUUAGAUGAAAUCAGAGUAGAGCCACCAACAGGUGGUACAUUCAUGUGUUCAGAUGCGCCUGCACGUUAUGUGGUUGCUAUAUGGGCGUUCUUUGGGUUUUUUUGUCUGUAUGCUAUGCGAGUUAAUUUAUCUGUAGCGAUUGUCGCUAUGGUAACACCACAAAGUGCUUUGAAUCAAUCAGCUCAAUCAUGUCCAACGCCGAUUAAAAAUUCUACUGGACCUCCACAAAAAUACGAAUUUGAUUGGAAUCCAACUGUUGAAGGUGCUAUUCUUGGAGCAUUUUUUUACGGUUAUCUUGCAAUGCAAAUAAUAGGAGGAAAUUUGGCUGAGAAAGUUGGUGCUAAAUGGAUAUUUGGUGGAGGAAUAUUAAUAGCUGGUAUAUUAACACUUUUAACACCAUUAGCAGCUCGUACUGAUUAUCGUUUACUUUUUGCAAUACGAUUUAUAACUGGUGUUGUUUCUAGUCCAGGAUUUCCAUCUGCAGCUGCUCUUUGGGGAAAAUGGAUACCAGCAUCAGAACGUAGUACCAUUCCACCUGCAUCUCAAACUGGUGCAAACUUUGGCAUUAUUUUGAGUACUCCAUUAAUUAGUUAUAUGAUUGAAGAUAAUUUUCUAGGUGGAUGGCCAUCCGCAUUUUAUGUUUUUGGUGUUAUAUCUUGUUUAUGGUUUGUUGGUUGGUGUUUUUUUGGUUUUAAUUCACCAGAUCAACAUCCACGUAUAUCAAAAAAAGAACUUCUUUAUAUUCAAAAAAAUACAGCAACUACUCGUAAACGUAUAAAAACACCAUGGGUUAAAAUAUUUACAUGUCCACCAGUAUAUGCUAUUGCUGUAAUGCAUAAUGGUCUUAUAUUUGCACUUCCUUAUUUUGCACAAUUUUUAGUUACCAUCAUAGUUGGAACUAUAGUAGAUCGUAUUCGAGCACGAAAGCUUCUAUCAAUUACAGUAUUACGAAAAGGACAAACAAUUAUUGGAACUGUAGGUACAUGUUCAUUUUUAAUUGCUAUCGGUUAUAUGGGAUGUAAUCAUAUUGGUGCUGUUAUUUGUUGUAUUCUUGCUGUUGCUUUUCUUGGAACAUUAGUGGGGUUUACAAAUACUGUGGCAACAAUACCAGGGUUUAUUGGACCUUUGGUUGUAGGUGCUCUUACAAAUAAAAAUCAAACGAUUGAAGCUUGGCGUCAUAUAUUUAAUAUUGCAGCUGGUAUUGGUGCAUUUGGUUGUCUUUUUUAUUGUAUUUUCUUUAAUGGUGAAGAACAACCAUGGAAUCGAACUUAUGAAUCGAUUGAUGAAGAUGAGACAACAACAACAAAUGCAUAG